AUUCAGUAAACGAUGCUAUGAUUUCUGAUAUUAAUAAGCUUUUAUUUCUAUUGAAUAAUCAAGAACAUUUAGCAUUAAAUGGGCAAGAACAUUUACUAUCAAAUUAUCAAGAAACUAUUCUAUCGGAAGUUGAGCAGACUGAUAAUAUACUCUUAAUUUCGGAAGUCAUUGACCUUACUAAUAUAUCAUUUGACAGCGAAUGGUCAAAUUCGCUUGGAAAUAUGGAUUAUAAUAUAGAUGAUUUAAUAAAUAGAAUGUUCAAAAUAAAUGGUGAAUUCGAUUUGUAA